UACCCCCAGCCCGUGUGUAUUCGUGACUUUGUCCAAGAAGAAAGCAUGGUCGUCAUCAACAUCAAGACCAACGGCAGACAUGGCGAUGGGCAGACGUUGGACUUCUACGUGGUCGACCUGCUUGGAAACGAGUACAGAAAGAAGUCGGACAUCGUCGGCACCUCCAAGGUUGCGUUCACCAGUCAUCACAGUGCUGCGUUCGAUGUUUGUUUCACCAACCUCAAGAACCCUGCCUACAAGGGGCACUUGUCCAGAGAAGUCGAGUUGGAAAUCGAGAGUGGUUCUGCUGCCAGAGACUGGAACGCCAUCCAGACCUCGGAGAAGUUGAAGCCUGUGGAGCUUGAAUUGAGAAGAAUCGAAGACUUGACCGCAGAAAUCUAUGAGGAAUUGCAAUACUUGAAGAGAAGAGAAGAGAGAAUGAGAGACACCAACGAAUCCACCAACGAUAGAGUCAAGUAUUUCUCCACCAUUGUGAUUAUUUCCUUGAUCGGCUUGGGUGCUUGGCAAAUCCAGUACUUGAGACACUACUUCAAGGUCAAGCACAUCAUUUGAAGCAUCGAU